GAGUUCCUAGGAAACUCAUUUUCUUAUUGGAUAUUGUAGACAUUGGCAAUAUGCAUUCUUUAUUAGAGAACGAAUUGGUGAACAGCGUGAACAGUCAUAGCAAACGCGAUAUAUCAUACACAAUUCUAUGGACAUGUGACAGAAUUUUAUAUGUACAUGUACGUAUAUCCAACAAUUGUCACACAGUUAAAAUAAUAUAAAAGGCAAGAGGUAUUGUAUCUUAACGCGCGAACGGAUAUUUAUUACAUAAAAAAAGAAAGACAUUUAAUCAAAAUGACAAUUGAUCUGUCAACUGUGCCACUUGUUGGAAUCACUGUUGUGAGUAAACAAAUAAUUGCAGCUAUGUUAAAUCCUAUGAAAGUUUUACCAAGUGAUAGUGGUUUACCAAGAGAUUGGCGAGGUCUUGCACAUUUAUUGGACCUCAAUGGAGAAAUAAUGUCACUACUUGUAUCACAUUCUGAUCCAACAACAUAUAUGUUAAUAAUGUUGGAGAAAAAUAAAAAGAAUAUUACCAUAAAAAUUUUUCAAACAAUGAUGGAACAAAUAGACAGAUGGGACAUUAUUGAUGACACCGAAGCAAUAUUUGAAAGCGAUGCUGGAAAAUAUUUGGAACAACAACAAAGAGCUCAAGAAUCAGCAAAUUUGAUAGACAAAUGUGUUGAUCAAGAAGUACUUACAUUAGGUGAUGUUCAUAGGUUAGGCCAAGGUUUAGAAACUCAAUAUUAUGAUGCUUUCCUUUUGUAUGCAGAUGAAGAUGUUGGUUUUGCAAAUGAAAUGGUACAAAAACUUGAAACGGAACAUAAGUUGAAGCUUUGUUUGAAAGAUCGAGAUCUGGUUGGUGGUAUAGCAUUUGAGCACGAAGCAGUAAUGAAAUUAAUCUCGGAACGAUGUAACAGAUUACUUGUUGUAGUAUCUCCUAGCUUUUUAGAAAGCUCAGCAAACAAAUUCUUCUUAAAUUAUGCUCAAGCUUUAAGUAUCGAAAAGCGACAGAGAAAGAUCAUACCAUGUAUAUAUGAAAGUUGUGAAUUACCAUUACAAUUGAGAUAUAUAUCUACUUUGGAUUAUAAUCGUAGAGGAUUAUAUGACUUUUGGGCCAAAUUACGUGAUUCUAUACAGGCUUCAAAAUCUUCUAUAAAUACAAACAGUAUAUCACAAAUACGAAAUAAUAUAACAAAAGAAGGUACAGAAGCAAAGAAAAAUAUUUUAUCUGAUAAACAUGAAGAUAUACCUCAAAAUAAUCAAAAAUUAAGUGAAGAAACAUUGAAAUAUGUACAACAGAAGAAUGAAAACUACACUGUCGCAAAAAUAAAUAAUGCAGAAGCUUUAAAUGUUGGAAGUAAAAAGAAUAAGAAGUUGUUGCGAUGGGAAAAAAUUACAGCAAAUUGGAAAACAAAAACUAAACAAAGUGGUCAGUUGAUUACAGAGACAACAAUUCAAAAUCUGCCAUUAGUAGAUAAUUUAGAUAGUUUAGUCUUGUCAAAUACUGAUAUAUGUGAGAACAAGAAAAAAAACUUAUUUAGUAAGUUAACAAAAAGAAGAUUGGUAUAAAAGUUUAACAAAAAAUUUAUCAAAA